AUGCGGCUCACUGUCUCCUUCAUCGGUCUCUUGUCGCUUCUCCAGACGGCCUCGGGUUUGGUCGCCUUCCCUGGUGCGGAGGGUUUUGGUGCAAAUGCGGUCGGCGGUCGUGGGGGGGAGAUCUAUGUUGUGUCUAAUUUAAAUGAAUCCGGGGAAGGGUCUUUGCGCGAUGCUGUAUCGAAGACCGACCGGAUUGUGGUUUUCUCCGUUGGGGGAGUGAUUAAAAUUACUGAUCGCAUUGUUGUGUCGAAGCGAGUGACCAUUCUGGGACAAACGGCGCCUGGCGAUGGAAUCACUGUGUAUGGAAACGGGUGGUCGUUCUCGAAUGCUGACGAUGCUAUCGUGCGGUAUAUCCGAAUUCGCAUGGGCAAGGGUGGAUCGGCUGGGAAAGACGCCAUGGGCAUUGCCGAAGGAAAGAAUAUGAUCUUCGACCAUGUCUCCGUCUCCUGGGGUCGGGACGAGACCUUCUCGAUCAAUGGUCCCGCGAGCAACAUCACCAUUCAAAACAGUAUCAUGGCGCAGGGUCUGCAGCCUCAUUCCUGCGGCGGCUUGAUGCAAACUGACGGCGGUAUCUCGCUGUUCCGCAACCUAUACAUCGAUAACAAGACGCGCAAUCCUAAGGUCAAGGGCAUCAAUGAGUUCACGAACAAUGUCGUCUAUAACUGGGGAGGUGGUGGAGCGUACAUUGCUGGAGGCUCCGAAGCGGAAUCAUUCGUCAACAUUAUCGGAAACUACUUUGUCAGUGGGCCAUCUACGUCCGUCACGGCGUUUACUCGGGGUAACGAGAAGUUCCAUGCCUACGUUGAGAAAAACUACUACGACUCGGAUAAGGAUGGUACCCUCAACGGGAGUGAGCUUGGCGUUUCUUCGACCAACUACGGCGGAAUGGACCUCGUCAACAACAGGUACGACUAUCCAGCCGUGGAGUCUGUCUUGUCGCCGGCCGAUGCUCUGAGCUACGUUACCAAGUAUGGAGGAGCGUCGAAAGUGCGAGACAGCGUUGACCAGGAAUUAAUUGAACAGGUCGAGUCCUACGGCAAAAAGGGCGCACUAAUCUCAGAUGAAGCGGAUAUGGGAGGCGCAGGCAACCUCGACAAGGGCACGGCUGCUACCGACACCGAUGGCGACGGAAUCCCGGACGAUGCCGAGAAAAGGCUUGGAACGGACCCCAAGACUGCCGAUUCCAUGAAGUUGCAUGAGAGCGGUUACACAUAUCUGGAGGUGUGGGCGAACUCGUUGGUCCCUUCUAGCUAUCAGUGAUCUAUCAAUUGAUAUAUCUGCCUGAUUCUGUACAUACACCACACGAGGCAUCCUUUUUCCGAACCUUCGUUCAUUGAGUGAGG